UAUAUAUAUAUAUAUAUAUAUAUAUAUAUAAAUUUAUACGUGGUAUGUAUACUUUGUGUUUAUGUGCACAGCUGUGUAUUUACAGAAUGUAAAAUUUUGUGGGGUCUGUUGGCGUGCGUUAUGUCAUGUGACCUGUCCACAUGUUAUUGGAUGAAAUGUCAGAUACUCAGCGAGCGUUGCAGGUGAUGGAGGCCUGUUCUGAAGGGGUCAAGGGUGACGCAGAGAAGCUACUUAACAUCUUCCAGAGUGACCUCUUUCAGGCGUUGCUCGACAUUCAGGAAUUCUACGAGUUGACAGUUUGUGAAAGCCACACCACGAGCCCCCUGCAUACACCUGUUCAGAAGUAUCGUUACCAUGACGAUGACCAACCAAGCCCUGGGAACGUGACUGACGGACACGCCCCCGAGUUGACGCGCACACACCUGGAUACACACAUCCAGCCGGCUGCGCUAACUAUGAACGGAUCUGAAGGCGAGCUGGAGUAUGAAGAGAUCACGCUAGAGAGGGGAAACUCGGGGCUUGGCUUCAGUAUUGCUGGAGGAACUGACAAUCCUCACAUUGGAGAUGAUCCAUCAAUUUUUAUUACUAAAAUAAUUCCUGGUGGAGCUGCUUCUCAGGACGGACGUCUCAGGGUGAACGACAGUAUCGUGUUUGUCAACGACGUGGAUGUGCGUGAGGUCACUCACUCCGUGGCGGUAGAGGCCCUAAAAGAGGCGGGGCCUGUUGUCCGGCUGUAUGUUCUGCGGCGACGCCCACCGAGCGAACAUGUGACGAAGAUCAAACUGAUGAAAGGACCCAAAGGUCUGGGCUUCAGCAUCGCUGGUGGGAUUGGGAACCAGCACGUCCCGGGCGACAACAGCAUCUACGUCACCAAGAUCAUUGAAGGUGGAGCAGCGCAGCGGGACGGUCGGCUCCAGAUAGGCGAUAAGAUCCUGGCGGUCAACCAUUUGUCUCUGGAGGACGUUCUGCACGAAGACGCUGUGUCAGCUUUAAAGAACACAGGCGAGGUGGUCUACUUGAAGGUGGCCACGCCCACCUCCCAUUACAUCCACCCGACAGAUCGAUUCAGCCCCCCCGACCUCACCAGUUCCUACAUGGAGCCAGACUACAUGUGUGAUUACCCGCAAGCCCUACCGCCGCCGUCACCGCAGCGCUACUCGCCGCUUCACCGCGGCAUGAUGGGAGAGGAUGACUACGGUCGGGAGCCUCGUCGCGUGUGCGUGCAGCGCGGUGCCAGUGGUCUGGGGUUCAACAUUGUGGGUGGCGAGGAUGGCGAAGGAAUCUUUAUCUCCUUUAUUCUCGCCGGAGGACCGGCGGAUCUCAGCGGAGAACUCCAGAAGGGGGAUCAGAUACUCAGCGUAAAUGGUGUGGAUCUCAGAUUUGCCACACAUGAACAAGCUGCAGCCGCUCUUAAAAACGCUGGUCAAACCGUUACUAUAGUAACACAAUACAGACCAGAGGAAUACGGACGCUUCGAAGCCAAGAUCCACGACCUACGCGAACAGAUGAUGAUCAGUUCGCCAGGAACUCUGCGCGCUAGCCGCAGCUUUUACGUCAGGGCCUUGUUUGACUACGACAAGACGUGGGACUGCGGUGUCCUGUCACAAGCGCUGGACUUCAACUUUGGGGAGGUGCUUCACGUGAUUGACAGCUCAGAUGACGAGUGGUGGCAGGCCAGACGGGUUAACCAGCAGGGGGAGCUUGAGGAGCUGGGAUACAUCCCCUCCAAACACAGGGUGGAAAGGAAGGAGUGGUCACAAAUGAAGAGCAAAGGUUUUGUUCAAAGCUACGAGGCAGUCACACAGACCGAAGUGGACUACGCCCGACCCGUCAUCAUCCUGGGGCCGACCAAAGACCGAGUCAACGACGAUCUGCUGACUGACUUCCCAGACAAGUUUGGCUCCUGCGUCCCACAUACAACUCGCCCUCGCAGGGACUACGAAAUGGACGGGCGGGACUACCACUUUGUGUCAUCGCGAGAACAGAUGGAGCGCGACAUUCAGUCGCAUCACUUCAUUGAGGCAGGACAGUACAACAACCACCUGUACGGCACGUCGGUGCAGAGCGUCAGACAAGUGGCCCAACAGGGCAAGCACUGCAUCCUGGAUGUGUCGGCCAACGCAGUGAGGAGGCUGCAGGCAGCUCAGCUUCAUCCCAUCGCCAUCUUCAUCAGACCACGAUCUCUAGAGAAUGUGCUUGAUCUGAACAAGCGGCUGUCAGAGGAUCAAGCCAGGAAAGUUCUCGAUCGAGCCAUUAAAAUGGAACAGGACUUCCUUGAGUGUUUUACUGCCAUCGUGCACGGGGACACCUUCGAGGAAGUUUACCACCAGGUCAAAGUGGUCAUUGAGGAGCAGAGUGGUCCAUACAUUUGGGUGUUGACCCGCGACAGGCUCUGAUUGGUCACCCCUCCCACCCCCACCUCCUUGCACAUAUUGUUUUCGUGACGGUGUAUCCACGGCGACACAGGGCGGGAGUGGGCUUGUGUGAUCAGAUCCGUAUCAUAACACUUAUAGAAUUUAUCUAACAUGUUUAUAUUAUCCUAUUUAUUUAUUGUAUUUAUGGAUUGAUUUAAUCGUGCUGUACAUGGGUUGUGUGCGUGUGUGGGUGUGCGUGCGUGUGACUGUAAAUACAACUAUGGGGCUUAAACAAACGUGCGCACGCACGCACAUACAUACACAGACACACACACACAGACACACACACACACACACAGUGAAUUCAGGGCUUUCACUUCACGCGAUGCAUUGCUUUGACCACCACAAACAUGGUCAUGUCCUGAUCACAUGACCAAAGCAUUGGGGGAGGGCUCAAAUGGAGCCUUUUUAGCUAUGGGAUCCUGCCCUCUCCUUGACAUGUCUGGAUUUCUCCUCCCUCAAUUCCUUCUGUGCAGCAACAACACUGUGGUCACGUCACGGCUCCGCCACCUGAACUAAUGCUAAAUACUAAUGACUUCCCAUGCUUCCCAUCUGCUGAAUAAGUGUGAGCGAAUGAUGACAAUGAGUCCGAUUAAAUGGAAUAAUGAGUUUCUCUGGUGGUGACUUGUUGAGUGACAAUAUGAUGCUGCAGAAUUUCUAUUGGCAGCACUUAAAAGUUUGGACAUUAUUUAUUAUUAAGUGUGAAUGGAGACAAAAUGAGAAAAAGGACUUCAGAUGUCCUUCAAGCAGCCAUUUUUGUCCAUUUUUACUCUUUUCCAACAUGGAUCAACAAAGAGUGGCUUUGACUGACUGUAGUUUAAUAAAGUAAUUAAUUUA